AUGAAUUGGAUCCCCUACCUUGAUGAGUUGGAUCCUUUGCCCGGUCAAUGUUGCCCAUAUGCAACUAGCUCACCAUUUUCAAUUGAUAGAAUGCUACAGAUUGCCAAUACACAAAAAGAUGAUGUAUUAUUGGAUAUAGGAUGUGGUGAUGGUAGAAUUGCAAUCUACGCUGCCAAGCAUUAUGGAAUCAGAGCUAUAGGUAUCGAUAUUAACCCUGAUUUAUUAGCCAAGGCUGCUAAAGACGCAAAACAAGAAGGUGUCGAACAUUUAGUUUCAUUCAAGAUAAAGAGUUUUGCAGAUGAAUCAUUUGAUUUUAAAUUAAAAAAUAUAGACGAAACGAUAGAGAGUGUUCAUACAUAUCCAACCAUUUUCACAUGUUAUCUCAUUCCACAAGCACUCAAAUUAAUCGAACAAAGAUUAAAGAAUAUUGUUAGAACUCAACAUAUUUUAAAUAUUGAUAAUCAAAAUACUAAUAAUAAUAAUAAUACAACUACCACCGAAUCAUUAGAAAAUAACAAAGUGUAUAAUACAAGAGUUGUAGCAUAUAUAUUUGAUAUGGAAAGAUGGACACAUACAUAUCACGAUGAACAAUUCAAGAUAUUUUUAUAUAAUCAUACUUCACAAGACAAAGUACCUGUAACUGUGGAUUCACAAAAUCCAUGGAUAUUAUAA